AUGCCUUGGAAUGUGAACGAGAACGACAUCCUGGACUUCGAGGAAGACCUGCAGCAGUACAUCUCCUAUGGUGGUUCGUCGCCCAUCGAGAACUACAUUGACAGAUUCAGCUCCUUGUCCUCGCUCCUGUCUUUCGGAGGGGCCGCGGAACCCCUGGGCACAAACCCGCCCACAAACGCACAGCGCUUUCAGUGGCAAGAUGAGCAUUGCCAGCGCGAGCAAACGGAGCGCCAACAGCAGCAGGAGCGCCCGCAGAUAGGACAGCGUGAACAAGAACAGCAGCAGGCAGAACGACAGGCACCGCGACAGCGAGACCGCCAACAGCAACAACUACAGCGACAGCAACGGCAGCAGCAGCAGCCGUUUUUACUGCAACAACAACGCAGCAUCUUUGGCUACCCACGCGCGCGCCGCCAGGAGCAGUCGGCACCCGCUCGCGCCGCAGUUAACAACGAGAACGACGACGCUGAACAAGAACUAAGGGCAGGCCAGGGCCGCAGUCAGCCAAGGCGAUGA